AUGCAGCGGUUUCACAGGACAGGUUCCACCCAGAACCGGCCUCGUCAUGGUCGAUUAAAGAGGUUGAGUGCACAAGCUCAGCAUCAUAUCCAGCAUUUGUUUUUGGGAAAUAGAUGUAUGAGUGCUGCCAGCAUUGCUGCAGAGGUUGAAGGGGUGGGAGGUCAGCCUGUCAGUGCUCAGACCAUACGCCGCACAUUGCAUCAAAUUGGUCUGCAUGGCUGUCGUCCCAGAAGGAAGCCUCUUCUAAAGAUGAUGCACAAGAAAGCUCGCAAACAGUUUACUGAAGACAAGCAGACUAAGGACAUGGAUUACUGGAACCAUGUCCUGUGAUUCGAUGAGACCAAGAUAAACUUAUUUGGUUAAGGUUGUGUCAAGCGUAUGGCGGCAAUCAGUUGAGAAGUACAAAGACAAGUGUGUCUUGCCUACAGUCAAGCAUGGUGGUGGAAGUGUCAUGGUCUGGGCCUGCAUGAGUGCUUCCAGCACUGGGGAGCUACAGUUCGUUGAGAGAACCAUGAAUGCCCACAUGUACUGUGACAUACUGAAGCAGAGAAUGAUCCACUCCCUUCGGAGACUGGGCCACAGGGCAGUAUUCCAACAUGAUAACGACCCCAAACACACCUCCAAGACGACUACUGCCUAGCUAAAGAAGCUGAAGGUAAAGGUGAUGGACUGGCCAAGCGUUUCUCCAGACCCAAACCCUAUUGAGCAUCUGUGGGGCAUUCUCAAAUGGAAGGUGGGGGAGCUCAAGGUCUCUAACAUCCACCAGCUGAUAUCGUCAUGGAGGAGUGGAAGAGGACUCCAGUGGCAACUUGUGAAGCUCUGGUGAACUCCAUGCCCAUGAGGGUUAAGGCAGUGCUGGAAAAUAAUGGUGGCCACACAAAAUAAUGACAAUUUGGGCCCAAUUUGGACAUUUCCACUUAGGGGUGUACUCACUUUUGUUGCCAACAGUUUAGACAUUAAUGGCUGUGUUGUUAGUUUGAGGCGACAGCAAAUUCACACUGUUGUACAGGCUGUACACUUACUACUUUACAUUGUAGCAGAGUGUCAUUUCUUCAGUGUUGCCUCAUGAAAAUAUAUAAUUAAAUAUAUUCACAAAAAUGUGAGGGGUGUACUCACUUUUGUGAGCUACUGUGUGUGUAUAUAAUGUAGACAUUUCAAGAUGAGGCGUGUACAUGGGGAAUUUGUAGAAAUAAAAAUGUUAUUAUGUUAUUAAUCCAUAAUGCCUAUAAAAUAAAAUAAAAUAAGUUUUCUACAAAUCCCUCAUGUGCAACUGAUCUUGAAAUAUAUUUCUGAGCCUGGAGUGCUGCAUCGAGGUACAUUAAGUACUUGACUUUUGGAUUAUUAUGUAUAUAAUUUUCCAUAGUUUUUAGUUGCCUUGGGAGCUAUUACAUCUUUAGUUACCUGCAGUCCUUUGUUCCAGCACCACCAUUCUCGGAGGUCUGUGGGUGUCACUAUGCUGUGGAAAAAAUAUAUAAAUACAUAUGACUUGCGACAAUUUAUUUUUAUUUUUUUAAAUAAGUUAUAUACAACUUUAAAUUGGACAGUCUCAGCACUUACUUCCAUACCCAGAUUUUUUUUAGGAGAAACAUCAUCCUGCCUUCUGUCCAACUGAUCUCAAAGAUAAUACAAGCAACAUGAAGUGACCUAGGCACCAUAUAUAAAUAGAAAAUAUGUAUGCAAACCAUACUGCUUUUCUGCAUGAAUAAUAAUUUGGACAUUAGAUUGGUUUCAUAGUUAAUUUGGUUAUGUGGUUGUGAAACAAGUGCUCAUAUACAUCGAAAAUAGUGAGAUGUGCCACAAAAAUUGUUACUCCCUUAUCUCCUCAUAUUUCAUCCACGAUAUUUGUAGUGGCAGAUGAGUCACCACUGGUAACUGCAGCUGGCUCUACUGGUCUGAUGUAGUGUGUUUAUGUAUUCUAACAUUAGGUUCUCAUUGUAUGUUUAAAAUGGUUCUUAAAAUAGUUUGUAAAUCAUUAGCGAUAAAAAUAAAGGUCCAGGAUUUCUUCAUACAAAUUACCUGCUGAUUCAGCCAUCCGCAACAUGAAAGACAACAUUUCAGCCUGACACAUCAACCAAGUCAAGUGGAACAGUAGUGUUUCAAGGUGGUAUGUGCAGAUUUGGCUUUUCUCAGUCUUAUUUUUAGUAUUACUGCAUGUGCAGGGCCGGCCUUAGGCAAUUAGGCGCCCUGUGCAAAAAGUCUUCACGGCGCCCCCCCCACCUCCCACCAAGUUGCCUGAAUACAGUAACACACACAGGCACCGGGGACGUGUGUAUCACGAGGCAAACAAGGCAUCUGCCUUGGGCGCCACUUUGCAGGGGGCGGCAAAAAAAAGCAUCCCUCCAAACCCCCAGGCAGAUCCCUUGCUUGCCUCGCAUCCUGGGGGCUCAAGAGCUGACCGGCUGGCCACUUUUGAGCCCCCCCAAGGCUGGCAGCGGGCAGCGAAGGAGCAUACUCACCUGAGCUCUUCCUGCUCAGCUUCCUCUGCGCCGCUUAAUGAAGCCGGGAGCCAGAAUAUGACGUCAGUCCGGCUCCCGGCAUCACUAAGCGCUGCUUACUCAGCCUGUGCGCCCCCUGCCUGCCUGCCCAGCAGCCACACUGGACUGCUGGUAAGAAAUCCACUCCAGCUUUCCCAGGGAGGCUGGGUGGAUUUAAAAUAAAUGUAAAAAAUAUUAGUUUGUGAGUGUUAGUGGAAAUGUGUGUGUCUGUGAGUGUUUAUUUUGAAGUGAAUGUGUGUGUGUCUGUAAGUGUGUAAUUGUGUGUGUCUGUAAGUGAAUGUGUGUGUGUCUGUGAGUGAAUGUGUGUGUGUCUGUGAGUGAAUGUGUGUGUUGGUCAGUGAGUGUAUAUGUGUCAGUCAGUGAGUGUGUAUGUGUCAGUCAGUGAGUGUGUAUGUGUCGUCAGUGAGUGUGUAUGUGUCAGUCAGUGAGUGUGUAUGUGUCGUCAGUGGGUGUGUGUCGGUCAGUGAGUGUGUAGGUCAGUGAGUGUGUAUGUGUCGGUCAGUGAGUGUGUGUCGGUCAGUGAGUGUGUAGGUCAGUGAGUGUGUAUGUGUCGGUCAGUGAGUGUGUGUCGGUCAGUGAGUGUGUGUCAGUCAGUGUGUAUGUGUCGGUCAGUGGAGUCGUGCAUCUUUCAGUGAGUGCUUGCGUCUGUCAGUGAGAGUGUGCAUCUGUCAGUGUGUGUCCAAGUAAUAGUGUAUGUGUGUAUGUCAUUGUUUGUCAGUGUAUAUGAGAGUGUGUGUCUGUCAGUGAGUGUGCGUCUGUCAGUGAGUGAGCGUCUGUCAGUCAAAGUGCGGCCUUGACAGGAAGGGGUGGGGGAAAUUUAAACUCGGUUACAGGCAUGUACACACACACUCAGUUAAAGGCAGUCACACAUACAGGCACAGGCACAAACAAUGGCACAGCUACAGCGACACACACAGACAGACAGUCACAUAGGCAGUCACACACACAGACAGACACACAGUAACACACACAUAGACAGUUAUACACACACAGGCAGGCAGUCACACAGAUAGAAAGUCACACACACAGGCAGGCAGUCACACACAGACAGAUAGUUACAGACAGACACACACAGGCAGGCAGGCAGUCACAUACAGGCAGUCACACACACAGGCAGUCACACACACAGACAGACAGUCACACACACAGACAGUCACACAGACAGACAGUCUCACACACACAGGCAGUCACACACACGGGCAGUCACACAGACAGACAGUCACACAGACAGACAGUCACACACACAGGCAGUCACAUACAUGGGCAGUCACACAGACAGACAGUCACACACACAGACAGUCACACACAGGCAGGCAGUCACACACAGAGACAGUCACACACACACACAGAGACAGACAGUCACACACACACACACAAGGACAGGCAGUCACACAGACAGUCACACACACACACACACAGACAGUCACACGCACACAGGCAGUCACACAGACAGUCACACACACAGACAGUCACACACACACACAGACAGUCACACAAACAGGCAAACAGUCACACACACACACUUACCUCUUUCCAGUGGAUGCAGUUGGCUGAUGGUGAAGCAUCUUUCCCUCUUCCUGUACAGCAGGGGCUUCGGGAGGUAUUAGCCCCGUCUCCGCCUCUCGAUAAGCCCCGCCUCCGCCGCUCGGUAAACCCCGCCCCCUCUGCCGCGAUUUUUUUAUUUUUUUUUAUUUUUUUAAUAGACCCGGGUGGAGGCCGGCCAUGAGUGAGCUGUGUCGGCCACAGGGCGCCCCCUGUUCCAUGGCGCCCUGUGCGGUCGCACAGCUCGCACACCCCUAAGGCCGGCCCUGUGCAUGUGUAUAUUAAUAAGGUUGCCAUAUCCACCAUGUUUUCUGGGACACAUAUAAUUUCAUCAUGUUGAUUGUCAGAACAUGAAAAUGCUACCCUGUAAAAACAUAGUACACCUUGUGAUUCAAUAGAUUGUAAAACCGCUUUUAGCAGCCAGGAUAGAUACAGAUCUGAUUCUUGUGAAAAACGACACAAAAAGGACGUUCAGGACCAGUGGCUGCACCGAGGUCUGCACACUGAGGGGGCUCAUUGGGUGCCCCAUGCAUUUAGGGCCACCCGAUGAGUAUCUCUGAACAGGGGCACAGUCAGGUACCGCGCCACUAACAGUGCUACCUUUAACAUCGGCAGAGUUGGAAGGAAGUGAGCACAUGUUACUUUCUCUAGGCUACAAGGACAGCCGUACGGAAGGGAGGAGGAGCGUGAGGUGGCAACACGAAAGGAGGGGGACCUCGAUCCAGACCCACACUCCUUUUAUAUUUAGCCAGCAGAUUUAUACAUAGUAUGUAAAAAGAUAAGCACCACAUAUACACUUCAUGUUAAAAAAAUGUAGUACAAUGUAGCUAAGUAUUAAGAAAGUGGCAUAUUUCAAAAUCUAAAUUAAGUCCAUUUGGUAUCAGAGUAUUAAAAUUUAAAAUAAAUUUCAUUUCUUCUUUCCCUAACUUUUUUAUAUAAUUAUAUGCCACUUUCUUAAUACUUAGCUACAUUGUACUACAUUUUUUUAACAUGAAGUGUAUAUGUGGUGCUUAUCUUUUUACAUACUAUGUAUAAAUCUUUUUUAACAUUAGUAUGUUUUAAUCUAUUUUUUAAUACUUUUUUAAUAUUGAUGGAUUAACAUUUUCUUCUUACAUAUUGUAUUAUUUUUGUUCAUGUAUGACAUUUUUAAUCUCUCUCUGUUUUAUAGUAAUUUGAGUGUAUGAUUUAAUACCCAAUAGACAAAAUGAAUAACAAAGUUUUUAUAAAAGUGGAACGCACAUGCGUUCCAAUAAACGAUUUGAAUGAAGAAGUGGCGUAUUGGAUGUGCGUCACAAGUGCACGACCGGAUGUGAACGCACUUGCAUACGAGUGGAACGCAUAUGCGUUCCAAUAGUGACUGAACGUAGAAGCCGCGAACCGGAAGUACGCCAUAAGCAUGCGACCGGAAGUGAAAUCGCGCCAACAUGAAACGGAUGAAUUUGCUGAACAUACUGGAUAUAAAAGAGCAUCAGUAGAAGGUAACAACAGCAACUGAGGAAGCCUAGGACUUAGGCGAAACGCGUCUUGCAUCCCACAGAGGACUUACUUAUUGCAUUUUAUUGCUAUUUUAUUCAUAUUUUAUAUUUUAUUUUUGUUUGAUUAUUAAAAGUUACUUAGUCCUUAAAAACAACUGAUGUGGAUAUUCCUUCUUGGGACCAACAGAGGACCACCCACACAUAUCAAGGGAGUGGGAUCCCUUUUGAUUAUCCCACGGGCGCCUAGAUUGAGCCAUAACUUUCUGGCUCUCUCCUUGUGAGUACAACAACAUUGAUUCUAUACUGUGUUAUUCUCAUACUGUACGAUAUUGCACUAGGUGCCUGUUUAUUAUUGUAUUUUUACAGCUAUUCCAUCUAUAUCUGUAUUUGUAUUACCAUCUGUUACCCUGGACCGAGAUACCCCACCCACUAUGUAUGUAUAUAUUUCUAUUUUGUUUUAGUGUGGAUAAGAGAGGUUGCCACACGGGUGUUUUGUGAGUUACUUGGUAUUCCUUUGGGUGACACGCUCGGACUCUGUAUUUGUAUCUUUCAUUUUGACUACACAAAAAUGUACACCUGCAUUUAAAAGCCAACACUACAUACCGUGUUUCCCCGAAAAUAAGACCUACCCCGAAAAUAAGCCCUAGCUGGAUUAUCGGGGUGGGCUGCAAUAUAAGCCCUACCCCGAAAAUAAGACCUAGGCAGGGCCGGCGGCUGCCGGCCCUUUAAAUGCCUCAGCCGCCUGAGCGCUCUAUAGAGAGCGCUCAGACGGCUGCCGCACUGCCUCACCUCACCUCCCCUGUAGCGUGGCCGAGCUCCUUUCCGGUCCGCGACCCGCCCGGACUGACAGGAAGUGCACACUGCACUUCCUGUCAGUCCGGCCGGGUCGCGGACCGGAUAGGAGCUCGGCCACGCUACAGGGGAGGUGAGGAGAAGAUUGGAGGGGGGGAGUAUUACAGGGAGGGAGGGAGGGGGGAUAAUAUUACAGGGACGGGGCUCGCGGCUAAUACGUCCCUGCAUGUAGGGGUGUAUUUGUAUAUAAUGUUAACACUGGAAUGCAGUGGUAUGCUUGUGUGUAAUCCUUGCGUUUGAAUGCAGGGAUGUGUUUGUACCGUGUUUCUCCGAAAAUAAGACCGGGUCUUAUAUUAAUUUUAGUCACAAAAAACACACUAGGGCUUAUUUUCAGGGUAGGGCUUAGAGCCAGUCUGUCAGCUGGUGUCCGCGCUGUGUAACACCCCCAGAGACCCUCACCUCCCCCUCCCUGUAAUAUUCUCCGCUCCCUCCCUCCCUGUAAUACUCUCCCUCCCUGUAAUACUCUCCCCCUCCCUCCCUGUAAUAUUACCCCCUCCCUCCCUGUAAUACUCUCCCCAUCCCUGUAAUACUCUCCCUGUAAUACUCUCUCCCUCCCCUCCCUGUAAUACUCUCCCUCCCUCCCUGUAAUAUCUCCCUCCCUCCCUGUAAUACUCUCCCUCCCUCCCCUGUGUAAUACUCCCCCUCCCUCCCAGUAAUACUCUCCCCCUCCCUCCCAGUAAUGUCAUCUUCCGGCUCCCGGCCUCACUCUGCGGUGUGCGAGGGAGCUGAGCAGAGUGCUCAGGGGAAGUGCUCCCUCGCCAGCCGCCCGCCCAGCAGCCAGCCCAUCAGCCACUGGACCCCCAGGGAGAGUGUCUGUGUUUGUGUCUGACUGUGUGUGUGUGUGUGCAGCACAAAACCAGGAUACACCACUGCCUGCAUGCACACAUAUACUCUAUACAAAACAUUCUUACAUUCACAAACACUGCUCACAAAUACAAGCCUGCAAGAAUGGGCGAAUCGUAGCUCUCCGGCUGGCAUAGCAUUGUGGGAGUUGUAUGACAGAUGGGGAUCUACCGUUUGGCCACCCUUGCGUUAGAUGGGGGCUCAAAACUAUUUCUUGCACCAGAGCCUUAACUAUAUUAGCUCUGCCACUGUUUUAUUAUCAUGGUUAUUCUGUAAACUGAGAAUUGCUAAAAGAUCAAAGUAGCUGAACUGGAAUCAUAGCAGACUUGGAGAAUCUUUCCAGUGUGGCUAUUUUGGAUUUCAAUUUUAAAUUCAUGUUGAAUUCCCCAAAAUUCUCUCUUUAAUAAAGAACCCUGAUACUCUUUCUAAGGUAAAACAUGAGGACAGUGCUGGUAGUUAGUAUCUUUUUUUUUUUUCUUCUUCUUUUUUUUUUGCAUGCAAUGCCUGUUUGAUUUGAGCAGAAUGCACAGUAUUUAAUAAGGUUUUAAAAGGGAUCCAUUGUCUUUUUAAGCUAAAGCUAAUCUUUGCUGGGGAUUUGGCCAGCUUAUGUUUGAAGAGCAGUCUUCGUGGUUGGUAACUUAAUACUGGCAAUAUUAAUUUUCAUUGAAAUGCUUGCUAUUGAACUUACUAGAAGCAGUUCCUAAUGUUGUACGUGUGUGCUCAUGUAUGAUGUGUAAUUUAUCGGAUCUAAUCAGUUCAUGUAUCUUCCAGAUACUUUAUCCCCCCCCAACCCCCACCCCUGCUUAGCCACAUAGCCCUGUAGCUUUAGUAUGCUUAUAGCAUGAUACCAAGAGAUGUACAAUUAUGUUUUAUUCGUGAUAUUUCUGCAUAACAUGCCAAUUAAAUGCAAAGUUAGAAAAGAGAUACAUAGGUGAGCAUUUAAUAUUACAUUACAUCUGUGAUGAUACCUAUUAGCUUCAAGUAUAGAUAGUGUAUAUAUAGACCGUUUCAACAUUGUUUUCCUUGAAUAUGUUUUUAGAUUUUGUUAAGAGAUUGAUUAAAGACCAAUGUAAAUCAUUUAAACACAGUGUGCUUGGAGCGCAUCCUAAUUAACAUAUCUGUGAUGAAGGGUCUGCUUAACCUCUUAUUCCUUUGCAUUAUCAGUUAGUCAUUUUCUGGCUAUUGUUCCUUGUUCAACACAAAGAUCUGUGGAAGCGAUAACAUUUUGACAUCUCAGUGGGUUCUCAUGCUUGUUCUCUAUGCUGGACUUAAUAGGCACAUACUGUUUCAAAUAUCUUCUUUUGUCGAUGUUCUCAUUGCAGAGGUACACUGGGUGAAAUGCUUCAGACUUGAGAAAGGGAGGUUCUCCUGAAAGCUUGUCAUUAAAAAAUUCUGUUAAUCCAAUAAAAAAGGUAUUACAAGAUACGAAUUUUAUCUGUUUUUUACAUAUAUAUAUAUAUAUAUAUCUAUCUAUCUUUGGGAGCCAUCAAAGAUAGCUCCCAAAGAUGAACUGCUAAGGGAAUGCCUGAGACUUCCACAGAUUGAGGAUGUAGCAAAAAGAGGAGGUUCCUUGGCAAGACAAACUUCUCCAUCGGAUGUACCACUGGCAGAUAGUGGAUGUGGCUCACAUGACAAAAUCCUACCAGUGGUUGGAAAAGGCAGGACUGAAAGACAGCACUGAGGUACUAAUCCUAGCAGCACAGGAGCAGGCACUCAGCACCAGAUCAAUAGAAGCUGGAGUCUACCACAUCAGGCAAGACCCAAGGUGCAGACUAUGCAAAGAGGCCUCUGAAACAGUCCAGCACCUAUUAGCCGCAUGCAAGAUGUUAGCAGGAACAGCAUACACGGAGAGACACAACCAAGUUGCUGGGAUUUUGUACCGAAACAUCUGCACAGAAUAUGGAUUGGACCUGCCCAAGUCCAGAUGGGAGAUACCACAAAGGGUAGUUGAGAAUGACAGAGCUAAGAUCCGGUGGGACUUCAAGAUCCAGACAGACAAGUAAGUGUUGACCAACCAACCAGACAUUAUGGUGGUAGACAAGUAACGAAAGACUGCAGUCGUGGUGGAUGUGGCAAUACCCAUUGACUACAACAUCAGGAAGAAGGAACAUGAGAAGGUGGACAAAUAGCAAGGAAGAACUAGAAAGGAUGUAGAAAGUGAAGGCAGUAGCAGUCCCAGUUGUGAUAAGAGCACUCGGGGCUGUGACUCCCAAGUUGGGGGAGUGGCUUCAACAGAUUCCAGGUGGGACAUCUGAGAUCGCUGUCCAGAAGAGUGCAGUACUAGGAAUAGCUAAGAUACUGCGCAGAACCCUCAAACUCCCAGGCCUCUGGUAGAGGAUCCGAGAAUGAGGAGUAAACAUACCACCCAGGAGGGGUGAGAAAAUCAAUUUUUUAUUUAUAUAUAAACUAAAUAUUAUGGAUUUUUUUACUGCUUCUCAUUUUUCCCCUCUAUUGAUGACUUCUUAGUUAAUCUGUGAAUAAAAUCACCAUUUGGGGCCCCUCCACUCAGUUGGCACAGGGUGAGGAACAGCCAAGCAGCCUUUGAUCUGCAGCUCUGCAGACUGAAAAGUUACAGACCAUGAAGUAGUUGUCAGUGAGCUCUAGCCAAUCAGAGUGAUGCAACAGGUUACCACAGCAAAGCUCUUACACUACAAGUACCAUAGCUAGCGAGACAAAUCCCUCCUGGUCUGCAACUCUGCAUCCGGCAGAUUUGCAGACUGGGUACCUAGCCCUGGAAUGCCAGGGAGUCAACUGGACCACUAGGGAAUCUAUUACUGCAACCCCCUGCCCAAUAAGAUAAAAGGGUAUUACAUUGUGGGGAGGCUGGUCACUGUAACACAGUCUCUCCACAAGCUGAUACCCCCACACACAUUCACUCACAUUGACCCCUCCUAAUCCUUUCACACUCACCUUCUCUUGUACUGUCACACUCAUCCUCCAUCACUCUGUCAAACGUACCCCUUCACCUUGCCACAGUCACGCUAUCACAUUAACUCCACAAAUCCUGUCACACUCCUCUUCCCAACCAUGCCACACUCACCCUGUCACACUCAACCCCUCCAAGUCUGUUGCACUCACCCUGCCAACCAUGCUCUAGUAACCCUAUCACAUUAUUCUAAUCCUGUCACACUCACCCCCUUGUUCUGCCACACUCAUGCUGUCACAUUAAACCCCUUAAUCCAGUUACACCCCCUCCUCCAACCAUGCCAUCCCAACCUUGUGACACUUGUCCCCCCUAACAAUACCAAACUCACCCUGUCACAUUAGCCCCCCCAAUCUUGUCACACUUACCUCCCCUCGCACUGUUACACUCCCUCUUCCAUGCCACACUCAUCCCCAACCCUUUUGCACUUACUCCAAACCCUGCCACACUCACGUUACAUAAACCUUUGUAACAUGUCACUUUCACCUCUAAUCCUGUCACACUUACAUCCCAUCGCCAUGUCACACUCCCUCUUCCAUGCCACACUCAUCCCCAACCCUUUCACACUUACUCCAAACCCUGCCACACUCACCCUGUUACAUUAACCUCUGUAACAUGUCACUUUCACCUCUAAUCCUGUCACACUUACAUCCCCUCACCCUGUCACACUCCCUCUUCCAACCAUGCCACACUCAUCCCCAAUCCUUUCAUACUCACUCCAAAUCAUGUCACUUUCAUCCCUACUCCUGUCCCACUCAACCCCAACCAAAUUUUUUUUUUUUAUUCAAAAUACAUUCACAUAAGGAUUUAUGUAUACCUAACUGCAAGGCUACGCAACAAUACCAGAUACUUGUGUAUAAAUUGGUUUAAUUGCCAAUUAAAUUUGUUUAUUGCAAAUUAAUUUAGUUUGCAAAUUUUGCCAUAACUACAAUCAGAGAGCUCACAAUGCAGCAGCACAGUGAGCCACAACAAUGCAAUCCGCUGAACAGUACUGCAAGCCCGCCUUCAACUACUGCUCCUUAUACACACACAAUGCAACCCCUAUUUUUUUCCACUAUGGGUGUUAGUGGGGGCCUCAUGUUUGAGUUUUGCCUGAGGCCUCACAAAGUCUAGAGAUGCCACUAAUUAUUACCAUUAUUAUUAUCUAGCCCUACAAAUAUAUUGUUAUCCCAUGACACAAGGCAUUUAAUUAGAAGAAUAGAUAGAGUGGGGUGGGAUCAUAAGGGGUGUACUAGGUGUCCCAUUUAGCCCCUAUCUCGCUAUUUAGAUCUCAACCUACACUUUGUGUCAGCUUGAGUUAUGACUGAGCUCAAAAGAUCAAAAAAUGGGACACACCUGGUUAUCACUACAGAAAAAAAUAUUUUGGUUUUGUGCCAUUUUAAAAAAUGUAAUCUUUAUAAGGGAUUAAAAAGUAAGUUGAGUAAGUAUUUUAUAAAAGUUUGCCUCUUAUAAAAAAAAAAUUCAGGUUGCACACAUAAUGAGCUGGGUACGUGAUAAUGACAUUGUAUUACACAUGACACUGCUGGUUUUGUUUAAUUGAACAAUAAUAAACAUCAUUAUAUAGGCAGAUCAAUAGAAAUAUAUCAAUAUUUUUUGCAAUUCAAAUUAACUAUCUUGCUAGCAUGUUUGCAGCUUGAAUGAUGGACAUGUGACGUAAGUUACAAUCACCGGGUUAUUGCAUAUAACUCUGCAAGACAUUGGUGUGCAGUGACCCAAUUCAUACUAUUUCAUUGUAAGUGACAGCUGUAAACACAUCCAUAUUCAGACAGAUGAGUCAAAACCUUGUACCAAUAUUUUCUUCAACGCAAAUUGCAGCACCUACCUUGUCAUCAUCUGUCACUAUGUAUGCGCUUUGAAGCUUGGUAAAGUCAUUUGCAUGUGUCGACAGAUGACAGAUCUGACAUAUAAAUAAUACACACACACACACACAUAUAUACAUGUAAGUAUAUACACACAGUAUGUUAUUAACAGUACUACCACAGUUGUAUUAAUAGAAUGCUCUGAUUAUUAGCAAUUGACUGAGUAUAACUCCUUCUUGUCUUUCUCUUUUAAGUAACAAACUGUAUAGAAAAUGCUAGAGUUUUAAAAAGAAAUCUUGAAAGUCAAGUUUUACGUAUUAUUAGUAGAUUUUUCUUUUCCCAGCAAGGUUGCUAAAUUCCAUCUUGUUUUCUCUUUCAGCCCCUCCAUUGAUGUCUGUUGCAGGCUGCGAUGAAGCUAUUUACGCGAGUGUUAUGAACGAGUUCUGUUUACAGCACUUCGAGUUAGAAAUGGAGGUGCUGGGUAAAAGUUUGUGGUGUGACUGGGGAGACACAGCUGGGUAAGUAAAAGUGGUCUUACAUUGUACAUAGUACAAUGACGACAAGAGACUAAUUGGGACUGAAACUUUGCUCUGAGACAGAAUACUGUAUAGUUUGUGUGAUCAUCGUUUGUCAUCUUAGUGUUACAAGUUGAUCAACGUCGUCUGGCACUGGGGUGAAGUUGUUCUUAGAGUUACUACUUGAUAGCAUUAGUUCAUAAGUUGAUACAUGGUGCCAGCACAUAAGUAGCUUGAGCAGCAAAUUUUUGCCCAUUAUUGACUGAUGCAAGGGAGUUCAAUUUAGGAUGUAGGAGAGCUAUUAAUAGAAGAUUGAAACAUAUUUAUCAUAAUUUUACAUUUCAUAAAGAGGCCAAACGCUGUUGAUAAAGAUGUAUUGAGUCAAUGCAUCUCAAUACGGUAGAAAAACAGGUUUGUGUUUUUAACGUUUGAGUGUUCCUUUAACCCCUUAAGGACCAAACGUCUGGAAUAAAAGGGAAUCAUGACAUAUCACACAUGUCAUGUGUCCUUAAGGGGUUAAAGCCUGAACUGAAACUUGCGCAUGUUGCACAGGUCUGUCUUAAAUCUUCGUCAGGAGUGGUAUACAUAAACACAAGUGACUUCUUCAUUAGCAUAGAAAUAGAUAGAAUCUGUAUAUUGACUAAUCCCCUGUUGAUCAUGUGAGGUGACCUGAAAAUCUGCAUUUUUAAUGGGACUUCAGAUGCAUCAGCAAUACUAAGCAAACGUGCAUCGAUAGGUGGUUUGUAGAAAUGCCUUUUGCAAAAUUAUUUUAGUAUUAGACUGUGAUUGCUGAAAAUAGGCCUAACCCCAUUCAUGGUUAAUCCCUUCACUAUCAAUCGGUUUGUUGUUGUUGUUGUUGGAGUGAUGCUACUACCGUAAAGGAUUCUGGGUGGACAUAUGCAAAUUGGUUUAACAAAGAAUCACAUAUUUGCCUCAUUCUAUUAUAAACAUGGAUUCCUUUGUGUCUGUGUUUGCUGUAGACAACAGCUUUGAAACACAACUUAGGAAAAGAUGCAAAGCCAGUGAACCACUCAUGGACAGCUGUUUCGUUGUUAAUGCAAAUCAUCAGCAUGAGGUUGGUUAUGGUACAAAUCAUCAGCAUGAGGUUGGUUACUGGUUUGCUAUUGAGGCUUGGUAGUGCUUGGAAAGCAAAAAACAAAAAGGUUAUGGUGGGGAAAAAAACUUGAUUGAAAACUCCUUCUACCUGAAGUCUGUGGAUAGUUAAUAUAAUGUUAUAUAAAACUCUGCACACCAGUCAAGCCAUAAGACUUGCUUUUCCCAUAGAAAUCACUAAUUUGCAGUGAUAUUACUACCGCAAAGGAUUCUGGGUGAGCAUAUGCAAAUUAGUUGAACAAAGAAUAAUAUUUUUGCCUCAUUCCAUUUUAAACAUGGAUUCAUUUGAGUCUGUGUUUGCUGUAUACAACAAUUGAAACACAACUUAGGAAAAGCUGCAAAGCCAGUAAACCACUCAUGGACAGCUGUUUCAUUGUUAAUGCAAAUCAUUGAGGUUAGUUACUAUAUAAGGUAUAAUUACUAUAUAUGUUGUCUUUUUGCCAUGACAUGGCCCAUAACAUAUCCCCUUCAUUGCAGCCCUGUUGCCUUUUUGGAUACACACUGAUAAUACACACUGAUAAUACACACACACAUAUAUAUAUAUAUAUAUAUAUAUAUAUAUACACAGAUAUUUCAGACACACUCAGAGAUACAACUGCUAGAAAGACAAACAAACAUGGAGAUUCAGUAACACAUGUUGUCAGAUACACGAUAGACAAUGUCAGAGACAAAUAUACACACUUACAGAUACCAAAAUACACUGACUGACACAUUCACACUAACAGAAACACACUGACACACACAUACACCGAAACUCACAUACAUGCAGUCACACACACACACUUGUUAAAGACCUCAUCAUGGGGUUUAGUUGGAUUACAUGCUUGUUUCAACCAACUAUUGCACGAUCACUUGGAAAAUGACUAUGAAAAUGGUCUGAUGGAACUUUGAGUCAACCGUAGUCACACGUGUCAUGAUUAUGUAGUAAAAAGAAGUGUAUAAGCAAAUAAAACAUCUGUAAAUAUACUAGUGUUCAAGCUGACCUAGUUACUGUCUGUUUUACAAAUAAGUUUGUAUAAGAGUAGAAAAAAAUAAAUGGAGAGGGGUUAAGAAUGUCAAGAGGUUUAAAAAUGUCAAGUAUGAGUAGACAGCACACAGGAAAUAUGCCACAUUUUACAACAAUGUAAUUAUUUGUCUAAUUAUAGAUCUAAUAAAAAUAUCAAUGGUCUCCAAAGACGAACAUUUGGAGCCUGUGCUUAUCAACGGCCAAUAAGAUGAUGUCAUUGUAAAACUAUAAUUUCCACCGGACGUGCUGGGAAAACUCUUGAAAUUGAGUAAUUCUUUCUUUAGGAUGGAUAACCCUGCACUGUUUAAAGGCCCAGUAACUAGCUUGUUACUGAUUUGUUUUUGUUUUUAGGUUAGUACAACCAAUUAGACAAGCAAAGUCCUUCAAAAUUAUCAAGGAGAAAAGGAGCAAGAUAAAUUAUACAUACUAAAUAAAUUAAGGCAGAUGACAGGAGAAGAGAUGAGACAAAGAAGUUGACAACAAAAGUGAAUGCUUUGAGUUGUCUGUCCUCUACAGGUAGUAUUUAGGAGGUAAGAAUUACAGCAAGUUGUAUCAUGUGAGUAAAGGGGGCAGAGUGAUAGACAGUGGGAUAGUGAUUCUUGUGAGUAAAGUAUAGAAGGUCACUUUUUUUUAAUGAUAUUCAAUGAAGAAAGAAUCUGUUGGAAUGUUGAAAAUAAUACCUUUAAUUACUUUAUGAUUGGAUGGUUUCCAAAUAAAAUGAGCAGCAGAUCAGUAGAAUCCCACAGCGGAAGAGACUCUGAAGAUAAUUCACAAACCUGGGAUUUAAGAAAUGACUUAGUUGCACAUUUUAAAAUAAAAGAAAUUGGAAUAGCUCUGUUUAGGUGGAUGAAAUAAGACAAUGUGGGGUAGAAGAGGAGAUAUACUAUGUUUGUUACAUGAAAACAGAAGCCUGUGGAGUUAGCUAAGAGCAAUCAGUCAAUUGAGAUACGAAAUGAGAAAAUGAAGGAGAUAGAGAUUGUCGAUAUUAAAGAGUAACAAUGGGUGAGGAUGUCAAUGGUUAAGGUAGACAAUGUGAGGAGGUGGAGUGAGGCAUUGUGGGGGAACACAGAGAAAUCACUGUCAGAGGAAUAUGAAAGGCAUUUGGGUUAUAGCUAGACAUUGGGAAGAGGAGAUGGAAAGGGAAAUUAAAAAUACGCACUUUGUGAAAGCUGGUUCCAUAAUUCCAUAUUGUAAUUAGAUUUGUCACUCCAAUCCUUCUAUGUCUCACUGGGGGGUUGACAUAGUCAAUUAACAUGCACAUGGAAUAAUGCACAUUAAAGGAGAACAGAUCAGGUAGGGUAUUAUUAAAGAAAACAAGAUAAAAGAUUUGCCUACACACAGGAAGCCCUGCUAUAAGUUUGCCUGGAAUUAGUACUGAACAUGCCAUCCCAGCAUUGAGAGAAUAGUAUUAAAUGAGUGCUCGUUCUAUGUAAACACUUCACAUACCCUGAAAAAAUAAAGUAUCACAUUAUUAUUACACAUCCAAGAAAAUAAAGUGUCAUCCCUCUAUACAAAGCACAGGUAAUAUUACAAAAUGUCAAAUUACAUUGGGCAGCUCAUGAAGGCAACAACCUCUUACAUGUUAUUCCAUACACCAAUAAAACACCUGAUAUAUUUAAAUAUAUGAGAUCUCACUCAGGUAUAUGCAUCAGAAAUUAUGACAGAACACCACUCAUACAAAUGGGAAUAUGGGGCCAAGUGACAUAAAUAACACAAAAGUCACAUUGCCGUACCAAAAUGUUAACACCAUGGGGGGGGCGUGGUCAGCGGCUGAGCAAGCUGGACGUGUCCGGAUAGAGCUCCUCCGGGACCACAGAGCCAACAGCUAACAAAUGCUGAGACACAAACUUAAAACUGUCUAUAUAUGUUGGGGAAUCGCGAUGGAUAAGAGAGCCCCGAAAAAACAGGCAAAAAAAACGUCGGAGCAGGGCACAACGGUGACGGAGAUGUUUGCAGCCACCCGCGCCAUGCGGCAGAACGCACAAGAUGGCGGACGGGAUGGCCCUGGGACUCCGCUCUUGCCAGCAAGUCCGGCGAGCAGUAUGUUUGCUGGUGCUUCCGAGACCGACACCGGCCAGACCAUGGGCUUACGUGGGAGCAGGAGGGGGAAGGUCCUCUCGCCAAUGUUGUUUUGAGCAUCUUUAAGCCGCUUCUCCCAGAUGUACCGGAUCAUCUGUGGCAUAUCGAGCGGGCCCAUCGGGCGCUCCCAGCCAGGCAGGCAGAUGACAAGUGGCCACGGGAUGUGAUCAUCAAAUUUUUGUCUUACCAGACAAAGGAGGCCUUAAUGAAGCAUGGUAGGAAUCACCCGAACAGAUACAAAGGGGUAGCACUUACCUUAUUCCAAGAUCUAACCCCAACUACGUUACAGAGGCGAUGGGAGUGGCGCCCCAUCACGAGCUCCUCCAGCAUCAUGCCAUCAAAUAUUCUUUGGGUCACCCCUUUCGACUGAUGUCUUUUAAAGGUGGGCGCACCAAGAUCUUGCAUCAUGAUGGUGAUCCAGCGGCCUUCCUGAGAGACCUCGAGAUCCAGAUUCCAGAGGGACUGGUGGUGCAGACGACGUCAAUGGUGGUCGUGGGUUCUCUCCCCUGUGACUGGUUUACUGCAGGUGAGUGAAGCAGUCAGCUUAGAGGCUGAUGAUGUGGGCUGGAUGUCGGCGGCGCCGGGCGGUGAGUUUCUCCGGCUGGGCCUCUGUUUGUUGGGUGGGCAGGUCUGGACCCUUGGUCUCCAUCCCAGGAGUCCCUGAUCUUUUUCUUAUCGUUCUGACCAUGAUCCUUGGGGGUCCCUUGCCGGGGAGCCCCGCUCAUAAGACCGGCUCGCGGGUGGGGACAUCCUGUGUUUAGGGUAGGUUAGGGUUUUUUCAUCCUCAUAUUUCUCUACGUUUAUUGUUUUAAAUAGUUUUGCAUACCCUGUUUUUUCUGUAUGCUCUCUGGGGGUGGGGAGCGGCGGUCCCGUUGGGGGCUGGGUGCCGACGGGUCUCCCUGGUAGAUUCUCUCAUCGGACACAUUGGACCAUGGCUGUUUAGGGCCAAAACGACUAAUGCUUAUGUUUACUGUUGUGUUUUUUGGGUUAUGCCGGGCGGUGGGAGACGCAUAAUGCAGUAGAUUGCUGGAAGGAUUAUAUGAUAUAAUAUGCGUUCCUACAUCUGUACGGGGCCCCUUUGCUGACCCCCAACGGGGUGCCUAUAUGGAGGGGCUGCAAGCGAGACAUGCCCAUGGAGCGAGAUAUGUAUGUGGGCUGCAGGCGAGACAUGCCCAUCAAGGAUGCUCGGGAACCCUGGGUCCCAUACAAGGAAUGUGUUCUGUAUGAUGAUUGUCCCUUCGGGGCACGCAGGGUGGAGGAGGGGCGGCUCCUGGGGCUGGAUGCUGUGGGCUCUAUAAAGCAUGGUCGUUUACACCUGGUCGACCCUCGUUGGUUUUCGAGAGGUGUAGACCGAGCCGGGGGUUGGAGGGUAUGGGGUCAGUUAUUGGGCUCUUCCGGCUCGGUCCCUCCACCCCUGGGCCUGCUAGUGGGGUGUAGGGGGAUGGAUACAAUUGUCUUCAUGGGGGGUGGGGCAUUCACACAGAGGGAAGAGGGUAUUCGCGGGAGUUGCACGAUGCCCCCCCUUGCGCACUGAAGCGGUUUACUAGAUUUCAAUGUACACUGUGUCUCAAACUGAGUUUAAGUUGGCACCCUAGCUGUGCGUUUCUUAGUUGGUCUAUGUUCCGACCUCUCUGGGGCCUCUCUGGGGUCCUGAGGUGGCAGGAACAUACACUCCUUAUAAGCCUGGCUACAGGUAAGACCAGGCAAAAAUUGUUUAUUGUUAGGUUUUCUCUCUUGUUUUUCUCACCCUACCCCAUUCUUAACCCUUCCCCCACACAAUUCCCCAUGGGAGGGAGCAGGGUUGAAAUUAGGCGUGAUGCAUGGCGCUGCAUUGGCCAACAGAGACUGGGCCAUGUCCACAUGGCGACAUGGACUGGACAGAGACUUUUACUCCAGCUCACUGAUAGCAUAUCGCACUUACCAUUCUAUGUCUUAUUUGAGACAUCAUGCCCCUGAAAGUGACUUCACUGAAUGUUAAGGGUCUUAACGCUCCAACUAAAUGUCGCCUCAUGUUCAGGGAACUUAAGCGUUUAGGCCCGGAUAUAGCCUUGUUGCAGGAGACACAUAUACCGGCAUCUGCAAAAUUUGCUCUGAAAGACCAUAUUUACAGGACCGUCCAUGAAUCUAGGGCUUUAAAAAAAGGAACGGGGUAGCUGUGCUUAUCCACCACAGGUGCCCGAUCAGGGUAGGAGCGGUGAAAGUGGACCCCGAGGGUCGCUUCAUACUGAUAUCAGGGAGUUUAUAUUCACAUUCAAUACACAUUCUUAACAUAUAUGAUAUAUGCACCGAAAGAUCCGUCUGCUGAUUUUUGGAACAACAUGGCCCAAAUGGUGAACUCCCUGCCGCACGGCAUGGUGAUCAUGGGAGGAGACCUCAACGCCACGCCGUGUCCAGCUGUAGACAGGGGCCCAAGCGGUGGACUCCCGUGAUCACAUAGGAAGGAAGGUCAGGAUAAAUUGCUAUGCGAGUUUAUACAGAGUACAGGCCUACUGGACAUCUGGAGAGCACAUCUUCCAGACGAUCGCGAUUACACGUUUCACUCGGCACCCCACGACACCUGUUCAAGGAUCAACUUGUUCUUGGUGAACCUGCAUACUGUACCCAAAGUGACGAACUCAACGGUUGGUUCUAUCACGUGGUCUGACCACGCAGAGGUCACCUUGACUUUGGAUAACUUAUGUACGGCAUCCCGUGGUCUUGGAAACUGAACACUUCCUUACUUCAGGAUCCAGCCAUGGUCGAGACCACUCGUGGGGGGGUUGGCUGAGUAUUUUGUUAGGAAUGCAGAGCUCGGUCUCCGUCCUGCUACGGUGUGGGCAGCCCACAUGGUGGUUAUUCGGGAAGUACUCAUUCGCAAAGCUACCCUUAAAAAGAGACGUAAAACACAGCUACUGUCAUCUCUCCUGGAAGCCCUGAGGAAAGCGGAAGAAAAACACAAAUCCAACACAUCAACCAGCACAUUGGCAGAAAUAAAGUCCUUGCGGGCAUCUGUAGACGAGAUGGCUAGGUCAAUAGUGUGGUCCAAGAGGACCUACUACGAAAAAGCAAACAAAAUGGAUACGCUCCUAGCUAGAUCCCUCCACCCCUGACAAGGAAACACACAUGUCACGAGAAUAAAGGAUGCUUCGGGUAAGUUCAAUACAGACCCCACGAAUAUAGCUCAGGUAUUCACGGAUUACUUCUCCAAACUUUACAAUCACUCUGGUGGUGCCGCAAAUGACCAGCUAAGAGACGCGAAUAACACUCACUCGUUUCUGUCCUGUCUGUCCCUUCCUACAUUGCUGGGCGAGGAAAUAGAAGCUCUGGGAACGCCGAUUUCAGCUGAAGAGAUAGAUGCUGCCAUAUCACUAUUAAAAGGCAAUAAAGCUCCAGGCCCAGAUGGCUUCGAGGGCUGCUAUUACAAGAUGUUUUGCAAAGAACUUAUACCCCAUCUGGAAACAUGGUUCAAUGAUCUAAUGAAGGGGGGCGCCCAAGAUAGGGACAUGUCAUUAGCGGAUAUCGUACUCUUGCCGAAACCUGGCAAAGACGAUUUGAUCCCGGAAAACUUCCGUCCGAUAUCCUUGAUAAAUCAUUAUUCUAAAAUACUGGCGAAGAUCCUGGCUAGCAGAUUGAACCCCCUAUUGACGUGUUUAAUACACCCGGACCAGGUAGGCUUGAUACCUGGCAGGCAACUGUACGAAAAUACUAGGCGCAAUAUUGAUCUCACAUGGCGGCAAGCAGCAAAGGGGAUCCCGACCCUGAUAUUAUCACUAGAUGCAGAGAAGGCCUUCGAUAGAGUAAAAUGACCUUAUCUAUUCGAGGUACUCCAACACAUAGGCUUUCCAAAUACUUUUAUAACCGCGAUUCGUGGAUGUAAAAGCUCGGGUCCGGAUAUCGGGAGCAAAGAUGAUGCCUUUUAGUUUGGGGAACUGAACCAGACAGGGUUGUCCUUUAUAGCCUCUGUUGUUCGCGCUCUCUUUGGAACCCCUCUUGCAAACGAUACGAAACAGCUCAGAUAUUAAGGGAAUCACAAUUGGAGGCCAGAAGUACAUAGUGUCGGGAUUCGCAGACGACAUCUUGUUGACCUUGACCGACCCAAGUGAGUCAAUGGCGGCACUGAUGAAUGUACUGGAUGUAUACGGCGGGAUAGCCGGAUAUAAGGUGAACCUGUUUAAAUCAAGUGCGCUCCCUAUAAGCAUAAGAGAAUCGGACAUAGCUCACACUGGAAAAACUUACCAGAUACGUAUAGAACAAAACCAGAUAAAGUAUUUAGGAGUCCAACUGACGGCGGACCCAGCUCAGUUGUUCCAGCAAAACUAUACUCCCAUGAUAUGAACCUUGAUGGGAGACAUGGAGUGAUGGGUUGAUAAACCGAUAUCUUGGAUUGGUAGGAUACAUUCGGUAAAAAUGAAUGUUCUCCCCAGAAUUCUGUUCUUGUUUCAGGCACUUCCGGUCAGGAUAACUAAAUCUGACCUGGGAGCACUUCAACAGGCCAUAGGAAAAUUCAUAUGGCAGAACAGGAGACAUUUGCGCAACGCAAGAGUUUUGCGCAACGUUCUUUAUAGGGCAAAAACGAGGGAUGGCUUGGGCCUACCAAACCUCUACUUCUAUUACCUGGUUGCCCAGCUCACCCAAAUAGCACUUUGGCACACCCCUCCAGACGAAAGGCGGUGGGUGGAACUGGAAUCAUCCCCUAUGGGAUUGGAUUCGCCUCAAUUCUUGGGUCCCUAAGGACAAUAGACCAUCUAUACAUACUGAAUGCCCAAUGUCCUUGAAAAUAUGGGACGCUACAGCAUCGAAAUAUGGCGUAUCCCACAGCUUAUCCCCUUUAACCCCCUGCUUAAGGAACACGACAUUCCCCCCCAGUGAUGGAAGCAAGGAAUUUUAGGGGCAUAGAACACACGGGAGUUCAGUGGCUAUGCCAUCUAUCUGAGGGUGACUCAUUUAUAUAAUUCAAGGAGUUAAGCGCUAGGGCCCCUUUACGCACCUCAGACUUUUUCCGAUACCUCCAAAUUCGGGACUAUGCCCAAAACCCUGUGAUUAAAAAGAUUGCGCUAACCCCACUUACAUUUUUCGAAAAGAUAUGCAUUAAAUAACAAAUCCGAGGGGCCUUAUCACCAUUAUGUAUGCAGCUCACGUACACAGCCCAGGCUGAUCUAAACGAGGAGCUGGAGGGUAUUGAAUGGCAGGAGAUCUGAGAGGCCGCCGUGACAUCCUCUAUAUGUGUCUCCAUGCAGGAACAGGCUUGUAAGACUAGGUUCAGGUGGUAUGCUACCCCGGUAAAACUCUGUAGGAUGAACAAAAUUUCAACGGAUGUUUGCUGGGGGGGAUCCGGACAGAAGGGAACCUAUAUACACAUGUGGUGGGAGUGUACGAAAGCGCAACAGUACUGGAAACAGGUCGCGGACCUGCUGCGGUAAGUCUUUAAUAGAGAGGUUAAGCCAGAUCCCUGGGUGUUCCUUCUGGCCAGAUCAUUGGAUAACUGGCCUAGAGUGGAGCAGGCUCUUAUACAUAAAAUAAAUUUGGCAGCACUGAGGGCCUUAGCUCAGGUAUGGCUACAAAGCGAGACCACCCUACUUAAUAUAGUGAUACAAAAAAUUAAAGAUACAUUCUUCAUGGAUAAAUUAACAGCUCAGGUCAGGGGUACCAUAAAUAAAUUCGUAAUGGUUUGGAGCCCAUGGUUAGACAGCAGAGUGGGUGAUUAAGGAUAGAUGGGAUAGGCUCAUUCCCCCAUAUUCCCCUAGUACUUUCUUAACCUAAGGAUAUCGAUGAAAUUGCCCAGCUCAACUUAGCAUGGCGGGUCUUUGAGGACCCCAAGGGGAGACCUCGGGGUAUAAUCGGCCUAAUAGGUAAUUGAGAUACCCUCUUUUAAAAAUAUGCUGCUACAUGGUAACCAAAACGCCUGGACUAGCAAUUACCAACUUAGGAAUUCAUUCCGUGACCCACUCCCCCCCCCUUCCUCUACUUUUUUCUUUACUUUUUUCUUGGAUAUUUCUCUGUUCUUCCCCACUUUGAAUGACCUCUUAAUGUCGAUCAUCCUAUUUGCUAGAACCUCAUACAUACCAUAAUGACAUAUGGGUUGUGAACUGACUUGUCAAUAGCAGAAUGUCAAUGCCAUUUCGGUGGUAGUGGAGUUUAGAUUGCAGUGCCUCACUACUACAAUAUAGCCAGCGCAUAGCAUUGAUCGGCCGAUUUAGGCAUGUUGUAUGGAAAAAUUUUGAUUUGGUCGGUUGUACUUUACUUCAUUUCCUUGUUUCGUUGUUUUACUGUAGUUAUUUAAAAAUGGGCAAGUCACCAUCGAUGACUAUACCUUCAGUGAAAAUCCACAAUAUCCUGCUGAACAUGCUCAUAAAGGGUCCAUUAUAGGACUACAUAUUUAUCUACUUUAUACUAUUGUUGAUGUAUUCUUGAUAUGUUGCAUACAAUUGUGGUAUUUUUGCUUUUCUGUUAUGGUGUCUUGACUUGAAAUAAAUAAAUAAAAAAAUAAAAAGAAAUGUUAACACCAUUUGGUGUAGAAUCCUUUGAAACUGACUUGAGACAAUGAAAUUGCCUGGAUAGCAUCAAGAGACAUAAACCUGCCACUGGUAAUAUAAACCAGCCCCAGGUAUGCAACAUUCUAAAAUUUCAGUAGUCAAAUAUUUAACAGGAAUUGACAAAAUCAACAUAAUUACAAAAGUGACUGAACUUAUCUAAAAAAGAAGAAAAAUCUGGAAGGUAUUGUCAACAAUCUCUCCUGUUCAGUAGUAAAACCUGUGGCCUGUGGCUUGCCAGAUGACAAUAUCUCACCAGGUUAAUUAAGCUCUUUGUUGUGAGCUGAACUGUGAAAUUUACUUUCAGAAAAAUAAUAGAUAUGUCAGGCUGAGAUAGAUAGGAGCUGCAGUCUAAAUCGGCAAUGUGAUAAUGAGCCUAAUCCUCUGCCUACUUACUUGCCAAGUGGAGGAUGCUUUAACACCAGGAUCUAUGAGCACAGAAAGAACAUCGCCCACAUUGAAGGUGCUGAUUAUUUAGCAUAAUAAAAUAUUAAUCAUAUUUUUAAUUGAACACUCAGCAUAAUUUAAUUAAUUGUAGCAGCCUAGAGAACAGUUUUCUACGACAGGAUCUCUCAGCUGAUAAACUAAAAGUGCACACAGAUAUUGCAUAACUCUGGCUGGUUGAGUCUUGCAAGACAAAAAGGCACAUAUUCAAAGAGCAUUUUGAAAUACAUUUUAUUUCUUUAAAAAAUUAAAUACAUAUACAAAUGUAAAAUUUUAGCAUGUAAAGUUUUUUCAAAGGGAUUUUAUAGUGUUAGGAAUAAUCUGUAUCCCUAACACUAUAGAGCCCUCUGUUCCCCUCCUCCCUCGCGCCCCCUCCGGUAGCUAAAGUAUUAAAACACCCCUUAGUCACUUUUUUGAAGUCCCUCUAGUAGCUGUCUGGUAGACCGCCACUAGAGGUGGAGUUAACCCCAGCAGGUAAUUAUUGCAGUUUAAUAAAAACCACACUAAUUACCAUUGCAGGGUUAAGGGACCUGGAACACUGCACCCAGAUCACUUCAGUAAGCUGAAGUGGUCUGGAUGUCUAUAGUGUCCCUUUAAGUUGCCGGUAUUUCCUUUCCCUCAACUCAAAUAAAUAUAUGAUGAGCCAGACCAAUUUUUUUUUUUCUUACCUCCAACUAACAGCCUUUAAAGUUUGUAUAAAACAACCAAUUUGGCCGUAAGUGCUAACCAACAAUUAAAUGUAGGAUUCUAGCACCUAAUCAGACUGCUUUUCAUUUAGGAAUAAACAACAAGAGGAAUUGCAUAUGUGAAUAGAUCCUCUCUGAUGAAAGAACAUGUUUACAAGAAAUAAAGACAACUAAUUGUGCUUUGCAUAUUGAAAGAAAGAUAAAUUAUACACCAUUUCCCUGUAAUACCAAUUAAAUAGAACGGGAGGACGUUUUUUGCACUCUGUGCACACUCAAUGUUAAUGGUGAUGGGGUUAAAAGCGAACUGGUCAUUUUUUUCUGGGCAAUUGCCGGCCAUCUGAGUUUAGCUUCACUGAGCUAACCAAACCAGGAAGUAACGAGACCUGUUUUCUGUGUAAAAGUCAAUGUGGUAUAACAGGGUUCAUUUAUAAAAGUGCCCAUUUCUAUUGAAACCUGCACUUUCUGUAAAAUGAAGGGGGGAAAAGGAAACACUCUUCACAUGUAAAACCUUUCAGCAAGUUAAAGUGCAUUAGGGGUCUGUAGUGAAAAAUAUUGAAAGAUUGCAGUAUAGAAUUUUUUAAUGAAACACUAUAGAAUGUCUCUCUCUUCCCUGCUAUUGUAGGAAGCCUAUUUGGAUAAGUUUGGUUUUCCAGUUAUCAAAAUCUCUGAGCAUUCAAUGGUGCAUUAAACUGCAUAAAGAAACAUUAAUAAAAGCUCUGCUUUAUGUGAUUCAUGAGGAUGUGGUGUGAACAUCAGACACUAUUGAUGUGUUCUGAAUAAUCUGUUACAGAAUUAUGACUCGCAUGUUUGGUUCAGUGUAUUGCUAUUCUCCAAGGCAAGUAAUGUCCCAUGGGUUAUAUUGGGGUCAUAGGAAACCAAUGAACCUUCAGGGUAAAUGAUUCAGACGUCCGUGCCAAUGAAGAGAGUUGUGGUGCCUGUAGAUUCUAUUAUCCAUGAUAAAUUGAACUCGGCUAAUUGAAUAUCACUUCUCCCAUUGCGGUUAUUUUUGGCAAUAUAAUCUAGUUCCUGGUCUCCAAACUGCAACAGUAGAACUCUAUAGCAUCUCUGCUAUACACUGCAAACAUCAUUAGUGUAAAAACACAAAGUAUUCCAAAAUCUGUACCGAGUUACUUAGGGCAGAUCGCUGUUGACAGUAUAAAUUACUAUUGUUAUUACAUUUAUUUAUAAUGCUCCAACAUUUUUUACAGUGCUGUGCCAUGGGUACAUUAUUAAAAGGCAAAUUGUAAAAACAAUAAAAUAUAUAACUAAAAAAAAUAUAAACAAUAUUUAAAAGGGGGGGAGGAAGGGGGGAGUUAACCAAUAAAUAUCAUAAAAGAUGAAGUUUGAAUUAAAAAUUGUAAUGCCAGAGAGUGUAUGAAAUUGUAUUUUUAAUCUGAUGUUAUAGUAUGGUGAUAAAACCCUUCCCUGUAAAAAUAUAUGCUGACUUUCAUUUUGCAAAGCAGUGCAAAAUUAAAUGUAGUCUGCUAAGCCAUAUUUUAUUUCUUCCAGUUCUGGUUUCCACUCUGCAGAGAGUAUUUUUUCUGGCAGGCGUUAUUCUGCUGUUCCUCUGCAUCUCUGCAGAAGAACUGUAAAUGAUUCUUAGCUGAAGAUAAGAAGUGAUACCUUCAAUGUCCUGGAAGACACUGGAGGAACUGGGACAGCAGUUUUACACUUUCAAUAACUGUUCUUGCAGUUCUGUACUUCUGUGCAUUAUUCUGUUCUUCUGCCUCUCUGCAAAAGAACUGCAAAUCAUUUUUUCCUACUACACAGUAUAUCUGCCUUUGUGGGUAAAACUUCAUUGCUGCCUUCUAGCAGUCAUUAAGAGGGAGGAGAAGGUGAGGAUUCUCAGUUUAGCAAGGAGACCAAUAAUCUCUUCAACCUUGUACCCCAUCACAAGUUCUGUAAAGAUGAAUAAAUUAGAAAAUAAAAUUGUAAAUUGACAUAAUUGGUUUUCAGAGUAUGCCUGAACAAAAGCACAACAGUGAAAAAUCAAUUUGGUAAAUUAUACCGUAUGGGGUUUUGCUCAUUUUUUUUACAUUAGCUUUUUCUAGGUGUAUUCACUAAACACCAAAUUGUAGUGAAUUGAAAACCAAAUUAAAAAUUUAGGCAAAAAAAAUACUGAUUUGGAAAAAUUACUCUACUCCUAUUUAGUAGCCAUUUGGCUAUUUUAUCCUAAACUUUGCAGUUAGGUUUUCAAUUCAUUACACGUCACUGUUUGUUGCGUAUCACAGAUGACAGUUCACUAAAUUAUGUUUAUAUAUAUAUAUAUAUAUAUAUAUAUUAUAUACAGAAAAUGGAAGUGAAAUGAAAACAUUUAAUUGGAAACGUAAAAUAGAAAAAUAUUUAGUUUUUUUUUUUUAUCUUUUGUUUGCAGUGUAAUUAAGAAGCCUAAUUAGUGAGACAGAUAAAGAGGAGCCACUGAUAAACUGGCACUAGAGACUUUUCAUGAAUUUAAAAAUAUUAAUUUAUCACAAGACAAGAGGAUGUUUAUGAGUAAAGCAGAUAAGGUGUUUGAAAUAGAAUUCUCAGAAACUUUUCUUUCAGUGAAAUGGAAAAUAGACAGAGAAAAAAAGUGUUUGUGGGUAGUAAUGGCCUUUCAUUAAUAUUUAUUCUCUAAACACUAAGUUAAAGUGACCUGAAAACGGAAUUCAAGAAUGUAGUCAGCAGUAGCAUUGUUUUGGUUACUUAUGCUGUAUGAGUUUUUGUUCCUUUUUAAAAUGAACUUUUUGUAGGUGUAUUCACUAAAUACCAGGUUGUAGUAAAUUUAAAACCAUAUAUGGCAGCCUGUCUGCCUAGGAACUGGAAUCUCAUCACCAAGAUUCCCUUUGCCUUGUGUGAUUGUAUCCCAGAGUUAUUAUAGCUCAAUGCAGAUGUUAAUUAUCGCUCUCUCACCCAAACACAGCUGAGACUUAGUGAAGGGUGAAGAACUGCUUUAUUAGGAUAACUGACACACAUAUACCUGGGUCUUCAACAGGAGGUGCCCAGGAGAACAAUGGCCUUGCAACAUUCCAGGCGCCGCAGUGUCUGUACCUAGACGGAUAAUUUAAUAAGUGGCCAGACACCAUGGUGUCAGUUAACAUUAAAAAGUAAAAACUAGAGUUCCCCUGCUCACAUCUUCAAACUAGUGCGAUUCCCGGAAAUCUCUCUUCUAAAUACCCACUUUGUCAUAAAAGCACUGGAUUAGAGGUGUCUAGUCCGAGUUAGCUGGCGGUGAAGUUUUUUACUGGGUAGCGACCAUCCUCCAAUCUGGAGCAGAGUUCCACAGUGCUGGGUAGAAAUCCCGGUCACCUAAAAUGAUGGCGCUUUUGGUUGGUACAUGGAGCUCCCUCAAGUCCUUGGUGUCAAUCUAGAAUAGAGCAAUAGUGUAAAAAGUAUUGGUGCUUAUUAUAAAGUGCAAAAGUUAAGCAAUAUGCAGGACUAAAGCUGUUAUCAAUAACGUCUGGCAGAGGACUCUGUAUAUCACACUCAAGCGUAUAUACCUGAGCCAGUACCGUAUACAGGCUUUUGAAAAUGUGACUGUGAUACCUUCUACUAUUGUUUUUUAUCCCACUAUAUACCAACUUUUGUCUGCUGUAUUGCCCAGUGAGAUUGUUUGUUGUAUCUUUGUAGCCACCAUACAGUAAUUUCUUAAAAGGGCAUAUGACACACAUCACAAUUUGUGGCACACUGUCACAGACCAAAUUAUCCUUGGUGUCAAUCGAUGCUUUGCCACCUGCUCUGUCACCCAUCCAUAAAGUGCUCUGAUAGAUGCCUCUGGACCAAGAGCUCUCUCGACAAAGUUUACCGGACUGCGGCAACUCCACAAUCCAAUCAAGAGUUCAAUAGAGUUUUUGGGCUGCUGCCAGUCCGUCUUGAGAGGGGUAACUGUGGUGACUAUAGUCCUUUUAGGAGGGAGGUGGCUGGGAGACAUGUUCCAGUCGUAGUUGACCGGGAGGUCUGUAACAUCAGAUAUAAAAUGUAGGCACAAAAGUACUGAUAAGGAAAAAUGAUCCUACUCCUAUUCAGUAGCCAUUUGUCUCUUUUAUCCUAAACUUUGCAGUAAGGUUUCAAUUCACUACACGUCACUGUUUAGUAAAUAGACUUUGUUGCGUAUCACAGACCACAGUUCAGUAAAUUCUGGGAUUUUAAUUAAAAAAAAUAUAUUAAUUUAUACAGAAUAUGGCACUAGAUGAUAACAUAUAUUAAUGCAGAGUAAAAUGGAUAUAUAUUUAGAUUUCCUUUAUCUUUUGUUUGCACUGUAAUUGAGAAGUCUAAUUAGUGAGGCAGAUAAAGAGGAGCCACUGAUAAACUGGCACUAGAGACGUUUCAUGAAUUUAAAAAUAUGAAUUUAUCACAAGACACAGUGAUGUUUAUGGGUAAAGCAGAUAAGGUGUUUGAAAUAGAGUUCUCACAAACUUUUGGUAAUUUUUUUUGGGGGGGGGGAGGGAUUCCAACUAGUGAUGUCCCGAACUGUUCGCCGAACGGUUCGUGAACGGUUCGCCGCGUACUCAUUGAGUAAACUUUGACCCUGUACCUCACAGUCAGCAGACACAUUCUAGCCAAUCAGCAGCAGACCCUCCCUCCCAGACCCUCCCACCUCCUGGACAGCAUCCAUUGUGAAGCUGCAUUCUUAGUGAGCUGUCCAGGAGGUGGGAGGGAAGGUCUGCUGCUGAUUGGCUGGAAUUUGUCUGUUGACUGUGAGGUACAGGGUCAAAGUUUACUCCAUGAUGAGUCCGCGGCGAACUGUUUGUGGCGAACCGUUCGGGACAUCACUAAUUCCAACUGAUAAAUAUCAUAGAAGACAAAGUUUGAAUAAAAAAUUGUAAUGCCAGAGAGUGUAUGAAAUAGUAUUUUUACUCUGCUCUUAUAAUAUGGUGAUUAAACCCUUCCCUGUAAAAAUAAAUGCUGAUUUUCAUUUUGCAAAGCAGUGCAAAAUUAAAUUUAGUCCGCUAAGCCAUAUUUUAUCUUCUUCCAGCUCAGAUUUUCACCCUGCAGAUAGAGUAAUUCUUCUGGCAGGCAUUAUUCUGUUCCUCUGCAGAAGAACUGGAAAUGAUUCUUUCCUGCAGAUGGGAAGUGACCCCUUCCACUUCCUGUCCAGCCUCUCAGACAUUGGAGGAACUGGGACAGCACUGAGUUUUACUUUUUCAAUAGCUGUUCUGUUCAUUAUUCUGUUCUCCUGCUUCUCUACAGAAGAACUACAAAUUAUUCUUUCCUUCUAUACACUAUAGCUGCCUUUGUUGGUUAAACUUCAUUGCCACAUUCUAGCAGUCACUGAGUGGGAAGGAGGAAGUGAGGAUUCUGAAUUUAGCAAGUAAUCUAAUAAUCUCUGCAACCUUUUAUCCCAUCACAAUUUCUGUAAAGAAUGAAUAAAUAAUAAAUGAAAACUGUAAAUUUACAUAAUUGUUAUUUAAGGUAUGCAUUAACAAAAACACUGUUUUAUUCUAUGUUUAUAUGCUAUUAGUAGCUAUGCACCUUAUGCUUCAAACAUGUUAUUUUAUUCCCUGCCUGUUAUCUUAACCCCUUAAGGACACAUGACAUGUGUGACAUGUCAUGAUUCCCUUUUAUUCCAGAAGUUUGGUCCUUAAGGGGUUAAAAUUGUAUGUGUGACUGGUUUCACUGGUGGAACUUUGUUUUAACCAAAAUGAAAGUGUGUUAGCAGCUGUGUAUACAAAUAAUUAUCAUUGAUAGCAUUUUUUCCCUCUCCUGAUUUCAGCAUUAAAUCCGACCAUAGUUUAGAUAACAACAGUGAAAAAUCCAUUUGGUAAAUUAUGCUGUAUCGGGUUUUGUUAAUUGCUUAAAUUGAGUUUUUGUAGGUGUUUUCACUAAACACCAAGUUGUAGUGAAUUGAAAGCAAACCAAAUUUAAAAUUCAGACACUAAAUUGCUGAUUUGGAAAAAUGAUCCUAAAUUUUGCAGUUAGGCUUUCCAUUCACUACACGUCACUUUUUAGUGAAUAGACUUUGUUGCGUGCCACAUACCAAAGUUCAGUAUAUUCUGGGAAUAUAUAUAUAUAUAUAUAUAAUAUUUUCUUUCAUUUAUACAGAAAAUGGCACUAGAUCACAUUUUAUUGCAGAAUAAAAUGAAUAAAUAUUUAGCUUUUUUUACAUCUUUUGUUUGCAGUGUAAUUAAGAAGCCUAAUUAGUGAUACAGAUAAAAGAGGAGCCACUGAUAAACUGGCCAUAGAGGCUUUUCAUGAAUUGAAAAAUAUUAAUUUAUCACGAGACCCAGGAAUGUUUAUAAGUAACUGACUCAAAAUAUAUCUACAAAAACAAAUAGGCAGCUAGUGCUCCAAAUAUAGUGAUGUUCAAGGUUCAACUCACAAGUACUGUUGUAAAUGUAGGCCCAUCUCAUAUAUUCCAACUCCAAAUGUGUGGUAUCUUUCAGAUACUCAGGGAUAUAUGAGGAGAACAUAAUAACAGAACUACAGGGCAACAAUGUAGGACAAUCAUAUAACUGCUUUAAUGUAUUACACUUAUAGAAUCAAAGUUAUUAAAAAUGCCCAUCAAUUUAAGGGUCCUGGUCCAAAGAGUAAAAAGUACCAUGGCAGGAUGGCAAUGUCCGAUCCUCUCAGCAUGGCAAUAGGGUAUACAGUGAAAACAAAUAUAUGUAAAACAAUAUGCAAUAAAAGACAGAUAAAGAGAAGCCACUGAUAAACUGACACUAGAGACUUUUCAAGAGUUGAAAAAUAUUAAUUUAUCAUGAGACAAGGAGAUGUUUAUGGGUAAAGCAGAUAAGGUGUUUGAAAUAGAAUUCUCAGAAACUUUUGUUAAAUGUUUCAGUGAAAUGGAAAAUAGAAAGAGAAAAAAAGUGUUUGUGGGUAGAAAUGGGCUUUCUGUAAUAUUUAUUCUCUAAACACUGAAUUCAAGAAUAUAGGCAGCGCAGUAGUAGCGGAUUGGUAGUAAAAAAACAAAAAACCAACAACGAAAAGUCUCUUUGCCCCACAGGUUUUUUUUCCCUUUUUAAAUAAACUUUUUGUAGGUGUAUUCACUAAACACCAAGUUAUAGUAAAUUGAAAACCAAAUGUAAAAAUUUAGGUAAAACAUUGCUGGUGUGGGAAAAUGUUCCUUCUCCUAUUCAGUAGCAGUUUGGCUCGUUGAUCCUAAACUUUGCAGUUAGGUUUUCAGUCCACUACAUGUCACCUUUUAGAGAACGGAUUUUGUUGCGUAUCACAGAACUAGGUUCAGUAAAUUCAGUAUAUAUAUAUAUAUAUAUAUAUAUAUAUAUAUAUAUAUAAUUUUUUAUUUCAUUUAUACAGAAAAUGGCACUAGGUAAUAACAUGUUAUGGCAGAGUAAAAUGGAUAAAUAUUUUGCCUUUCUUUAUCCUUUGUUUGCAGUGUAAAUAAGAAGUCUAAUUAGUGAGACAGAUAAAUAGAAGAAAUAAACUGGCACUAGAGACUUUUCAUGAACUGAAAAAUUAUUUAUCACGAGACACAGGGAUGUUUAUGGGUAAAGCAGAUAAGGUGUUUGAAAUAGAAUUCUCACAAACUUUUGUUAAAUGUUUAAUUAAAGGGACAAUAUACUCCGUAAACAAAUACAGCUUAAUUUAUUUGUUCUGGUAAGUAUAGUCAGUCCCUGCAUGCUUUUUGCAGUAAACAAUAUAUUUUCAGAGAAAAGGCAGUGUUUACAUUACAGCCUAGGGACACCUCCAAUGGCCAGUCCUCAGAUGGCUACAAGAGGUGCUUCCUGGGGCAGUGCUGCACAGUCAGAAGGUUCUUGGUGGUUAAUGUCUAAUGAGUGAUACAACAUGCAAUUAUUGGUUCUUAACCCCUUAAGAAAACAUGACAUGUCAUGAUUCCCUUUUAUUCCAGAAGUUUGGUCUUAGUGUAUAGCGUACUAUAGUAUCCCCCCUACCCCAGUGGUAAUUAAAGGGUUAAAAACCAUCUUUUUACUUACUUGAUCCCAGCAUAUCUCUUGGUGCUGAGUUGUGGCUCACUUAGUGCUGCAAUGUAAACAAUGUUUUACAUUGCAGCACUAAGUGCAGUAGGGACACUGUACCCAGACCACUUCAAUGAACUGAAGUGAUCUGAGUGCCUAAAGUGUCCCUUUAACUAGCAAAACAAAUCUCUAAUUUAUCUUUUGUCACAGCAGGACUACUUUAGUCUAAAUUGUGCAAAUUCUUAAUCAUUUUGCUGCAAUUAGCUGUUUAAUGAUUUGACUCCUAUAUGUGUAUGUGUCUGUCUGUUUGAAAUAUAUUGUAGAAUCUUGUAGUACAUUUUUUUUUUUAUUGGAUAUUACACAGUAUGUAUGCACAAAGAGCAAGUUUAAGACAUAAUAGCAAACUAGACAGAGUACCGGUUCUUUUACAUAAACUAUAUACAUCACAUCCUACUCUGUUCUUAAUAUUCAUUCUCCCAGGAAGGACAGAUAGAUCAUUCUUUUUUUUUCUUCAGGAUGUCACUUGUAUAUGUGGUUGCGUAUUGUCUGAAAGUGAUUCCUGGCCGUAAAUAGACUUCAUAUGCUACAGACAUGCUUUUUUUUUUUUUCUUUUUUUCAUUAAUUGCAGUGGUACCUUUGGGAAAUCACCUUUCUCACAUGAUCACAGCAGAUAUAAAGACAGAUGCUAUAUAUUGAUUCCACAAAGAAUUCAGAAUUGAUUUAUUUACUAACAAAUACUUGUUCUGAAGUAACAGCAUAAUUGCAACUCUUAGAAUAAUUCACUAAACACCAGAUUCUUUGUCUGAAUGGACAAAAUUCUGUGAAAAUGGCUAAAUUCCGGCUGGGAUGGCAAAAUGUAUAUAUUGACUAGUGCCAAUUCCCCUUGAAAUUUAUUUGAUCUUAUGGAAUAUGUGUCAUUCUAUCAGAAGUGUUAAGUGUCAGAUUUAAAAACAGUGCUUUUUGCAUUUGUACACUACACAAACUAUAUGGUUUCAGAAUGUGUAUAAAGCACUGAUGUUAAACUUAUUUAUUUUUGUCCUAAAACUAUGAAGAGUUCAACAUUAGUGAUGUCCCGUAGGGUUCCCCGAACGGUUCGCCGCGGACGGCGAACAUAAACAUAAACUUUGACCCUGUACCUCGCAGUCAGCAGACACAUUCCAGCCAAUCAGCAGCAGACCCUCCCUCCCAGACCCUCCCACCUCCUGGACAGCUCACUAAGAAUGCAGCUUCACAAUGAAUGUAAAAUGGAUGCUGUCCAGGAGGUGGGAGGGUCUGCUGCUGAUUGGCUGGAAUGUGUCUGCUGACUGUGAGGUCCGCGGCGAACCGUUCGGGACAUCACUAUUGAACAUGCAAACAAUAUAGCAUAUUAAACUUAGAGCGCUUGGUGCUUAAAGCAUCCCUUUAACAGCCCUAAUGCCUGGUGGACAAUCACAGGCAGAAGGGGGAGAUGCCAGAGGAAUAUCACACAGCAAUCCUCUUUUAGCUGCACUUAGCAGUGAUAUUAGUUCCUUUAGUGUACUUUGGAAAUCUAUCGGGCCAUAUUUUUUUUUUAGAUUCCAGUGUCGUUGGAUAACUGCUUUUAAUGUAUAACAUCUAUACAAUUCAGCACUGGGAUGCUCAGAACUAAAUUUUGCAAUUUAGUAUUUGUCCACCCAUGUCAAUUAGCAAUGACUUAGAUUCACUUUUGCUCUUGGCCUCCUGGAGUUUGUCCAUGUUUGACAUAUGCUAGCAUUAUAUCGGAGAAUGUUCCACUUGACAUAUUAAAUUAUUUUACCAUUUGUGACCAAAGCAUUCUGUUAGCUGCUUGGCAUUUCUUUUAAAACUCAAAUUAUUAAAGUACUAAUUAUUUGACCAGAUGUUACUAAUAAAACAACAUCUACCUGUUGUGACUCAGUUUUGCUCCUUAUAUCAAAGUUGUGAUUUAAUUACUUUAAAAGUAAAAUCUUUUUCAUGUAAUAUUUCUGUAAAUGUUAUGUAUGCAUUUUAUGAUUCAUCUAUCUAUAUCUCCCUAUCAUUUCUAGUACACUUAUUACUAAAUAAAUAGUAGUAGCUUUACAUGAAAACAAAGUAAAACAAAUCACUACAUUUUACCAAGCAUUAGAUUAUGACCUACUAUUGCAAAGAUAAAAAAAAAUUAAAUUUUUUUUUCUUUCCUUCCACAGGUUUUACACAGACGUCACAAACUGCACAGCUCUAGUGGCUGCAAAGUUGGGCUGUUUCUGGCCAAACCACCUGGUGGAUCAUUUAUUCAUAGGUAUCCACAAAAAGUAUUUCAGGAACUGUUCCGUGACAGGGCGGUUGCCAGCAGACCCUCCAUUCCCGAUUCUCUGCUCUUUACUCUUCAUCCCGCUCUUGAUAACUCUUCUCAUGACAGCUCUGGUUGUGUGGAGGAGCAAACGCAGUGAAGGCAUUGUUUGA